AUGUCGCCACCUGCCAGCGUCACCCUCACCCAGCUCGAACCUGUCAUCUUCCUCCGAGGCCAGUCCUCCUCAGGCGAAGAUGCUCGCGGUCGACGUCGCCCCGUCAACAUCGAUGCGCCGCCAUCUCAACUACGCGGCCUCGUCACGCUCUAUCUACCUAAACCAUCCAAGAUCAAGGAGAUCACCGUCACGCUCAAAGGAACCGCCAGAACCGAUUGGCCCGAAGGCAUUGGGCCUAACCGCGUAGAACAAGUCGAGGAGAUGACCAUCUUCAAUCACGACAUCAGCCUCUACAAUGCCAAGCACGACAAGGCCAACUUAGCCGCAAUUCGUCCUCGGAGCAACUCGGUCGGGCCUGGCAUUGGCCUGCAGGAGGAUGUCGACUGGGAUUACGCUGCAGCCAGAGCCAAUGCGAGGAUGACAGCUACAUCCACCCCAUCCAGGUCGCCAUCGACCAGCACUUCACGGCAGGUCAGCAGCUCCAGCAGGAAGGAGGAAGACAGACCCAAGAGCUCGAGCGGCAAUGGCAGCAGUAACCUGGCCCGUCAGAUCGCAGGCGUGGCCGCCAAAGCAGGCACUGCCAUCAUUCCUCCAACACUACGACCGGAUCUGGGCCUCAGCAAACCCAAGGACCAGACUUCGUCGGCUUCGCACAGCCGAUCUCCCGUCUCACGCAUGGGCUCGAGUAGUCCUCCUUGGACACCAAACGCCUCAGGCUCAAGCUCCAAUGCGGCAUUGUCCACAGCGCAAUCCCGAUCUCCACCGGCGCGAGUCUCAGGGCCUUCUUCAGCUGGAUCAACAACCCUUAGCAACGGUCAGUCUGCAUCCUUCUUUGAUGAUCGCGGCCCGCCCGCUGCGCAACAUCAGGACCUUUCCAGAUGGCACGAGUACUUUGAAUCGCAAGGCCACGAGCGUCCGCCUGUGUACGCCCCUCGCUCCGCACCCUUGCAAGGAUACGAUGCCUGGCCCACCGAGCUCCACGCAGAUACGUCCUCGACCUCAACUACGGCGGAGUCGGGUGCCGCGCCGAGCACCAGCGUUCCUUCCAGUCAGGGACCCAGCACCGUCUCUACACCCAUGGACCGUACGGCCGCCAACUCUAUCGACAACGCUGCCUCCUCACUAGCCGCCUUCGAUCGCCCAGGACAAUCACCUCCUCGGCCUCCCCCCGCUUCACCAACGCCAACCUCGGCACCACCGAACAGAAGCAUCCUUCACAGUCAGCCAGCGACCACUACUCCUCGCGCAAGAGAUCAGAUGGUGCGCUUUGAUCCACAAUAUCGCGUAGAUGCUGCUCCGAAUGCCAGCAGCAACGCCGUCUCGCCCCGGCCAAAUGGCAACCGGAGCGCGCCUUCGAGUCGAAGAAGCUCCGUCGAAGUGCAGGAUGCCUCCAACAAAGGCAGCAAGGGCAAAUCCAGCAGCAAGUCGAGCAACGACUCCAAGACCAAGAAGCCGGGUCUCAAGAUGCUCAUCAAUGGUCUCCUCAAGGAGCCACAGGCUGAUUCCCGAACAAAUCACGACGAGCCGGUCCACUCCGAGUCGAAGGAGUUCAAAAAGGGAACCUACACCUAUCCCAUCUGCAUCUCGCUGCCCUCGAACCUUCCCCCGACGCUUCAUGCCGACUUCGGCUUCAACCGCUACGUGCUCCGCGCCAACGUCGUUCGCGCUGGUGCAUUGACACCCAAUCUAGUCGCGGAGCGGGAAGUCAACUUGAUCCAUGCUCCGGACGAGGAUGCGCUUGAAGAGACCGACUCGAUCGUGGUCGAGCGAUGUUGGGAGGAUCUUCUGUCGUAUAUGGUUGUCUUCAGCGGCAAGAGCUUCCCCAUCGGUCAACAGAUCCCGCUCUGGCUCAAGUUUGUGCCGCUCGGCAAGGUCAAGAUCUAUCGCAUCCUAGCGACGCUCGAAGAACGCACCGACUACUUUGCCAAGGGGAGGCGUGUAGCGAGACACGAGGUGCCACGCAAAUGGACGCUCCUCAAGAUUGGACAUGCUUCUGCCACCGAGCCGAUUCUGCCCAUCUUGUCGGACUCUGCUGACGCAUUCGACCAGAGUCCGCUUGCGCCAUUGGCUCGUGUUGCAGCGGGAGAUAGUCAAGACUCAGACGCAUUGCCAUCCAUCUUGGAUCCGACAGGACCAUGGGAGCUGGCCACCAAUCUCGUGAUCCCCGCCAGUGGAACGACAAGGAUCAAUCUGAGCACCAACCACUCCAAGUCGAACAUUGCUGUCCAUCACUUGAUCCGACUGUCGAUUCGGGUCGGCAAAUCUGACGGCGAAUGGGAAGUGUGGAACGAUCCUGCGGGCUCGUCGAGCUCUGCCGCCAAACCGACUCCUCAGCUGUUCGACAUCAUCAUCGAGGCACCCAUCACGCUCACCUCAUCACACACUGCGACCGACUUUACGGCGCUGCCCAACUACUGGAGCCUUCCGGCCGAGCCUGUCGACCAGGGUGCAGGUGCACGCGGAGACGCAGAUGCGCCUUUGCGGCCAGCACUGCCAUCGCCAGCACUGACGAGUAGGACAGGCCUCGUUGGGCAGAGCCUCAACGCCAAUGGUGGAAGAGGCCCCACAUCGCCUACAGGAACCAAUGGAAGUCCCAUGAGCGUCUCCCCACCCAUGUCGCGCAACCCAACGCAGCUCUCUCGACGAUGGCUAGCGCUCAGCGCAGACCACAUUGGCCACGACGGAAGCACCACCGCAGGCUCGCUGAGCGACUCUGUGACCCCUUCCCUUGUCGCUCUCGAUGCUCCACCUCCGCCUGCCUAUCGACCCAGUGCCAGGUCAGGAGAGACGACGGUGGCAUCCACCAGCAUGAGUCGCUCUCCUACUGACACCGGGGCCGCUCCCGCGACUACAACGAGCAACACGAUGAGUCUCGGCAUGGCGCAUUGA